UGUUGCAGACAGCAGUUAAACUGAAGGUUUGAGUGUUUUUUCUCCGGUCUAAUUAAAUACAAGUAGAAUUAAAUCAAAAGCAAGUUUUGCAAUAAGAUUUCAUCGAGAGCCGUCUAGGAUUUCACAUAUUAAAGACUAUUGUAACGCCGACUGGAGCUGGUCACCGUCAACCUUCAUUACUCGAUCUAAUGUCCUGCUUCGGAUUUUUAACAAGCUGCAGAAGAGCGCUGCUCGCGGGGCAUCGUGUGCGUGUGUUGUCGCUGCGCUCCAUUGUCGAUCUGUCGUACUCAACACACUUCAUGGAUUAUCGAGCUUCAUCGAUACCGGCCUCUAUGAGGAAGAUGGUGGUGACGAAACUGAGUCCGAACUUCAGAGAAGCGGUGUGUAUUCAGAACGCCCCUGUGCCCACACCCGCCGACGGGGAUCUGCUCAUCAGAAACCGAUAUGUGGGCAUCAAUGCCUCUGAUAUCAACUACACAGCAGGACGCUAUGACCCCUCAGUGAGACCACCAUUUGAUGCAGGAUUUGAAGGAAUUGGUACAGUGGUUGGCCUGGGCCUGAGCGCCAGCUCCCAAUACACUGUUGGUGAUACUGUGGCCUAUUUUGGUGAAGGAGCCUUUGCUGAGUACACUGUAGUAUCUGCCAAAAAAGCUAUAGCCAUACGCACUGCAAGGCCAGAGUACCUGACUCUGCUCGUGAGUGCCGCCACAGCCCAUAUCGCCAUACAGAGACUGGCAAAGUUGAAGGAAGGGGAGACAGUAUUAGUUACUGCCGCUGCUGGAGGUACAGGACAGUUUGCUGUGCAGUUUGCCAAAAUGGCUGGCUGCCAUGUGGUAGGCACAUGCUCCAGCAAUGAGAAGGCCGACUUUCUGAAGACCAUCGGCUGCGAUCGCCCUAUAAACUAUAAGACGGAGGACCUGGGCUCCAUACUACGCAAAGAGUAUCCACGCGGUGUGGAUGUGGUUUAUGAGUCAAUAGGUGGCAGAAUCUUUGACUUGGCAGUGAGUAAUAUGGCCGUCCUGGGCAGACUGAUAGUGAUUGGGUUUAUAUCUGGCUAUCAGAGUGCAUCAGGACUGCAGCCAGUGAAAGCUGGCACAUUACCAGUUAAACUAUUGCAAAAGUCUGCCACCAUUUCUGGCUUUUUCUUACCUCAUUUCAUGUCAGACUAUAGAGAAGCGUUGAGCAUCCUGAAUGAAAUGUUCGCUAAAGGAAAACUGAUUUGUACGGUGGACAUAGGAGAUUUGGACCCAGAGGGUCAUUUUAUGGGGCUCGAAUCAGUUUAUAGAGCUGUAGAUUACAUGUACGCUGGGAAGAACCUGGGGAAGGUUGUGGUAGAAGUGUCUCCUCACAGUAAAUUGUAAUGAAAGCAAAGAAUGUCAUGAAUGGAACUGCAGUGAUAUCAAAUUUCAAAUUCUAUUUCAAUUAAGAAGAUUUGAGGUGCAAGUGAUACUAUUAAACCUGAAUGAAUUUUCCAUUUCAAUUUUAACCAGAAAUUUAAGAUUGACGUCAGCUUUAUAUAAAAGUCAAGACAAGUCAAGAUAUUUUGUUGGUUAUCAAGUGGUAAUUGCUUUGUAGUAAUUUUUUUAGGGGGUUGGUAAUCCAUAUAUAAAUACAGUUGUGGCCAUUGUAAUUGUAUUGUAAUUGUAUUUCAUAUUACAAAAAUGUAUUGAAUAUAACAGCUGUCGAUAAUUGCCGACCUUUUUUUUUUUGUGUUUAGACCAAAUGCAUAAUGGGCACUAAUUUUCAACUUUCCUUAAUUUUAGAUGAGUAGGACAUAGGAGGAAAUAGAAAUGUCAAAACCUCGUUUCGAUUAGAAGUUAGAAAAAACAUUAAUUUAUGAAAUAAUCAAAACAAUAUCUAACCAUAUAUUUAUUUAAAGUAGCCAAUGGCCUACAUUUGGAAAAUACCACUAUUCUUACCCUCAUUUCAGAUUAAAAAUAAAUUUUCCCCCUCAAUUGUCGUUUUACUGGAUAUGUGUGGUAAACGACUGGUCCGUUAAAAACAAGAAUAAUGGAAUUUCAACAAGAACAAAAAAUGUAUGCUGCUAAACUACAGUCGUGGCCAAAGUAUUGGCUCACUUUUUAAAAAUAAUCCACAAUUUUGAAAUUGAACAAUGUAUUUGGUCUCCACAAAUCUUUAUUUCACUUUUAAUAUCAUAGAAC